AUGCCAGAAGUGGUGCUGCUACUAACAGUGGCGCUUGUGAGGCUCAUGGUGCUUGUCUCAUUCGUGGAGCUCUCCGACGUAGUGCUGGACAACGGAGUGGUAGUCGAAGAAGUCCACGUCCUGCUGCUAGUGAGCGAGGCGGUGCUGGUGCCAGAUUCCGUCGUGGAACUCCCCGUGGUGCUGGUUGUGGCCGAGCUGGUCUUGGUCAAGCUGGUCUCAGUCAUGGUGCUCACCGUUGUAGCGCUGGUGACAGUCGUGCUUGUCAUUGUGGUGGUGCUUGUUUCUGACGUUGAGGUCAGCGUGGUGGUGCUAGUCGAAGAAGAAGUCUCCGUUUCGGAACUCAUGGCGGUGCUACUCGUAAGAGAGACGGUUUUCGUUACCGAGCUGCUCUCGGACGUCACGCUUAACGUGGUACUAUCGCUACUUGUGGCACUGCUGGACGUAGGAGUGGUGGUUGUCGUGGUCUCGCCACGACAGAUGUGCUGCCAGGCACUGUUCACUGUGCUGGGGGACCCAUCGGAAGCAAACAUCACCAAGUCUGUCCCUGCGUUGUAG